AUGGAGGGAAACGCGCACCUCCUCCAGGUCAUCCGCAAGAUGCGUUCCCAGAUCAACAAGCUGGAGAGGGAAAACAGAGCCCUGAGGGGAGAGCUGCAGGUCUGCGGGCAGAGAGCUGUGCCACCGGAGAGAGAGGUGGCAAGAGGAGGUGGGAACGGCGAUGUGAGGAGCCUCGACAGUGAUGGGGAAGGGGCAGCUGGCUCUCCAGCAUCCCUGCUCGGGAGUGUCAUGGCCAGUCACCUUCUGGCACCGAAGGAGCAGACAGAUACCGCCAUGACCGUGCGGCGCUACUCCACCACUUCGCCAGCACCCGCUCCUUCCAGCACAAGGUCGCACUGGGCUGGCAGGAGACCGCCAAGCAACAGGCUACCACCAAGCAAUGGGCUACUGGCCACACCAGGCAGUGCCCAGCCACCAGCCCCUCUGGCUGCAGAACAGCUCACCAGUGGAGAGGAGGAAGGGCUUGAAAAACUGCCGGCCAACUGUUUCUCCUACAGUCAUUCCAGCAAACUGGAGCUGUUUCAGGAGCAGGUCUGCAAGUGCAGGGGUAAAGUAAAGGCCGUUAGUUUCCUCUUACCAAUGGAUAUGUCAUCAUAUGCUGAAAAGCAAGGUUCCCUCAAAAGCCCACAAAAUCAGAGCACAAAACAGUUAACUGCCAUCACUGAAAAGGAUAUGUGA